UGAGUACAGAGGAUAUGUCUGCUGCUCUGAUGCAAUUACAGUUUUAAAAAGGGUAACUCUGAAACUUGCUGUCCUAAAUCCAUGUGUAGCUGCUGCCAGCUGCUGUUGAAGUUAGAACCAGAUGAUACCCCUGGGUAAGUUAGUUUUGGCCCGUGCCGCGGGCUACUGGAAACCCUUUUUUAAAGGGAGAUUCCUUAUAGUCACCAACACAGUUAGCUGUGGACUGUUGCUAGGCAUUGGAGACUCCAUCCAGCAGAGUCGGGAGGUGAGGAGAGACCCAGAAAGAAAGAGAGACUGGCUGCGUACAGGUAGAAUGUUUGCUAUUGGCUGCUCCAUGGGUCCCUUAAUGCACUUCUGGUAUUCUUGGCUUGAUCGAUCAUUCCCUGGAAGAGGAAUUACUGUUGUGAUGAGGAAAGUGCUAAUUGAUCAGCUUGUGGCCUCUCCUGUACUGGGAUUAUGGUACUUCCUUGGAAUGGGGUCUAUGGAGGGACAGAAACUAGAAAAAAGCUGGCAAGAAUUCCGGGAAAAAUUUUGGGAGUUUUAUAAGGCUGAUUGGACUGUAUGGCCUGCAGCACAGAUGAUCAACUUUUACUUCCUGUCACCGAAAUACAGAGUUAUUUAUAUCAAUGUGAUUACAGUGGGCUGGGACACUUACCUUUCCUACCUGAAACACAGGAAGGAAGAAUGUGUUGAAAACACUAUGGGCACUUCAAGCUUCGGAACCUUGGAUGAGCUUGACAGCUGCUCUACACCACUCCCAAAGACACUUGAUGAAAGUGGGCAACCAUAAAAAUGGCUCCAUGUAAAUAUAAUGCUAUUAUCAGAGAUGUUCCCCACACAGACAUGCUCACAAGGACUUUAUCCAGCGGCUCAUAAAAUGUGGGGCUGGCCCCUUAGGGAAGACCAGAGCAGUUGCUGGAGACGCUCAGCCUAUGGGCUAAUUGCUGAGAGAUUGCGGCAGAAUGCUUAUUUUCUCUCCUGUAACAGAUACAGCAGUGUUUAGUACCCUUGCUAUUAGCUAGGAGGGUUUGGACCAAACAGACUAAAAAUGUUCAAACACCACUGCCUUAAGCACUGUAAAGAACAAGUUAAUGAUUUAACCACCAUGAUACAUAUAUAAGGUAUUCUUGAUAUGUGUGUGCUUUGCAUUCUUAUGUAACAUAAGGGUAUGCUUUAUGUACCUUUUACUUGAAUUUGUUCCUACACUUGGUGCCAAGCUUGCUUAGGUUGUAUACAUUUUCUCUCAGGCAAUUUUUUAUGUAUUUAAUCUGAUGGGCAUGAGGACCAGUUAAGAAUUCAGUCCUGACAGAUCCUGUACUUGUGCUUUGCUGCUGGUACUGAAUACAUGUUUUUGUAAGAAAUUAAGGGUACAUUCUUAUCUUUAUGGAUUCAUUGGUGCCAAAAAUAAUUUUAUACCAUAAUUCCCACUCUAUAUCCUGAAUUGCAAUGAGAACAUUUAUAUAACGUGUAUGUCUGUAAAACAAGGGUGCAGAAAUUUAUCAAUAAAUUACUUGGAACUGUUCUCACUACUUAGUAGGAUGACUUGCUUCGUUAUUUAGGUUUGGCCUGUGCAGCCUCAAAAGUGCAAUUAAAACCUACAGUUUCUUUGUCACUAAAAGUAUGUUGGCACCCUUGUUAGAGUGAUAUCUCACCAGUAUUUUGUGCUUUCAAAUGUAAAUGAAGUACUGUGAUUUUGAAAAACUAAAAAACAGCCGUAUUUUGUUUUAUGGCAGUGAGUAUAGAACUUAUGUCUCUCCAUGAGAGGUACAAUUAGGUUAGAGACACACAGACAACCUACUGUCAGGGUCACCCUGGGCUAGUGCCGGAGUAUCCGGUAACUGAUUACAAUCACUGGGGGGUACCUAACAUUUUGGCAUUCCCCAGUGAUUGUACCUUUCCUUGUCCUUCAAAACACUAUUCACUUUAUCUGUAUGUAAAAGAAAUGGAAUAAUAAAAAAGUGACAUAGCAUCCUAUUAACAAUCUGACAUAUCAUUGCUUCUUGUAAAAAGAAUAUAUUGAUUGUAAUUAUAAAUUAAUAUUUUUUACAAAGUGAACCAUGCUUAAUUUGUUAAAAUUUAUUUUCCUACAGUGAUUAAAAUAUCUAUUGGAAACUUG